GUCGAGUCGUGCGAAUCUUCGAAGGCAGAGCGGUACAACUCCAUCGUUCUUCUUGUUCUACAACAACAGUACAAUAAUCAUGCAAUUGAACUACUAGUGGAUGUAGUAGUUGAGAUGUAAGUUGUACAUUCAAUAUUACGUAGUUAUAAAUGAAUCGAUACAGGGCCACGACAGCGCCGGCGCUCAGUUAGUAGUAGAUGAGUACUCGCCUGAUUUUUCUCUGUUCUUUUUUCUAGUUAGGUCUGCUCCACCAGCUUAAUUACGUUUAAUCGGAAUCAUAGCUGGUUUUGCCGUCGAAAUCCACACCAGUCUGCAUCAUGUGGCUGAAAGAUAUAUUUAGGAUAUUUAGAAAAAACGGCUCCUAGCAUAAACAUGGCCACUAUACUUCUUUUUUAAAUAAGUCUGGAUUUCUUCCUUUUUAUGUAAUUUUGUUUCCUAGUUAGACGUGCUCCACCGGUUUUAUACUAUAAAUAUCAUGAAAACCUCCUUCGAAGCGGAUUCUUAUUCUUGCGAUUAAAGAACUUAAAUACCCCAUGAGUGGGUACAUCUAUCUAUCUGUCUAUCUAUCUAUCUAAUUAUCUAUCGAUCAUUCACAGGGCGAGGAAGCUCGCAACCGCUAUGCUUGCCGCGUCUUGCAACGCCUCAUUGGCUGUGGGCCUGAAGAGAUGAUCGCAGGCCUCGUGAUGGAGCUAAGUAAAGAGGUGGUGCAACUCUCGCUAGAUCAAAACGGGAACCACGUGAUCCAGAAAUGCUUCUCCUACCCGGCUUUAGUCGAGCACGUAGUUAAGGGUUGAAACAUUUCAUAUUUGUACGCAUGACUUGGCACAUUUCAAGAAGAAACGUGUCAAAUAUGUAGGGCAAAUAUGAAUUGUUUCAACCUUUAACGUAGUAACCGGAUAUCGAGGCCAUAUUUUAACCGUCGCGAGACACGUGUAUGGAUGUAGAGUGCUGCAAAGACUGUUGCAAGUGAACGGUGAAAGACUUCUGGCAAAGAAAGAGCAAG